UCCGCGCGGGGGGACGAUCGCCUUCACCUGAACAGUCUCCUCUCCUCACCCCGCACCCCGCGGCAGCGCCUCGCCGUGAGAUGAUGACGGAGCUGCGAAUGGCUCUAGUUCACAAUUACAGGCCGCGACAGCUCCGAUCCGAGGUCGAGUCGAGCCCUAUCCGACCUAUGCCUUGCUUCCCGGGUUCGGGUUUGUUUCGAGCGGAGACAGCCUACUAGGGUUACAACCUCAAGUCCCAGCGUCAGUGACGCUGCUUCCAGAGAUCCCGUCCUCGUGAUAUAGUGUAUUAGGCGCGAGAAGCACAGCCGCGCGGCGCGCGAACACCCCGAACUGCUGCUCCUCACGUAGUACUACGCCGCCAGUCUGAGUCGUUUAGACUUGUAGAUCGUGCGGAACGAUGCCGCGCGCCACACCUAGUUCUCGGCCGGAACGAUGCGCCCCGGCCACGCGGCGCCGCAUUGCGCCUUCCGCGGCGUGGCCCCCGCCGCUCCUCGCAAACUUCAACUUUGCCGCCGCCGCCGCACCUCGCCUGCUCCUCCUGACGGCCCUCGCGGCCCUCGCGCUGACUGUCGCCGCGGAUUGCGCCUUCUCCGCCUCCAACCGUCUGGCAGCUCUUUCCGGCAGCGCUGGCCCAGCGGCGGCGGCGGCAGCGGCAGCGGCGGCGCCGCCCCCACGCCAAUACCACGCCUCCCUGCCCCUGCAUGGCCGGCGCGUGCCGCCGAAGCAGCGCCUGCGGAUGGCCGCCGCUCCCCUCGCCCGCCCCGCCGCCGCCGCCGCCCGCGCCCGAGCGCGCCGCUCCCUCUUGAAGCGAGUCGACGCUACCGCCCAGGCGACCGCGGGCGCCGCCGCCGCAGGGAAGGCGGUCCUUCUGGAGGCGUCGCAAUUGAGUGCGCUGGUGCAGCUGAACAAGGCGUGGGGCGCGUGGGGAACGAACGGCAACGCCAGCACCGCGUGUGCGGCAUGGAUGGGCGUCACGUGCAGCCCCAAGGGGCUCGUCGUUGGCCUGGAUUCGAACGAGUUUCCCCUAUCGAAUUCCUCUUACACGGGCGCCAUGCCUGCCGCCAUCACUACUCUCGCCACUCUCCAGCACCUCGAUCUGACCGACAUCGAUCUCGUGGGGACCAUGCCAUCGCUCGCCAGUCUCACCAGCCUCACCCGCCUAGCCCUUGGCAUGGACGGCAACAAGGUCACUGGCACCAUGGACGGACUGGCUUGGCUCUCCUCCCUCUCCAACCUGCAGACACUGUUUCUUGGCUACUUUGCGGAAUUCACUGGCGACUUGUCCUCCCUGCACAUCCUCUCUCACCUGAAAAGCCUUCAAAGCCUGGGAAUCGUUUCAUUCACCAAGGCCACAGGGGAGAUACCAAGGGAGAUCCGAUACAUGACUGGCCUCACUUCGCUGGACCUCUCCUUCCUUCGCGCCGUGGAGUUUCCUGAUUGGGUCACCGACCUCCACAGCCUUCAGUUCCUGAAUGUGGGCUCAGACGAUCCAAGGCGGCAGGGGCUACUUUUUGAGUACCUUUCGCAGCUCACCGCGCUCACCGGCCUAUCGAUCGCCGGCAACAACCUGCAGGGUUACCUGCCCGAGAGCUUGUCCUCUUUAGUCAGCCUGGAAUACCUAAAUCUGGGUUACAACCGCCUCCAGGGCACCAUCCCAACCACACUCUCUGCCCUCACAGCCCUCGCGGAUUUAAACCUUGGGAUGAACUAUCUUUCUGGCACGAUACCUCCUGCCUUCAGCACCAACAUUGUGAGACUUGACCUCGGCUACAAUGCCUUCACUGGAAACAUCCCGCCACACCUCGCUCUGCCAAGCCUCUCUGACCUUUGGCUGUCCAACAAUCUGUUCACAGGAGGCAUUCCCAACGCCUUCACAAGGCUUACGAACAUGGGUUCUCUGGACGUUAGUAACAACAGCCUCAGCUCAGGCCUAGAUGUGGUGUCUCAGAUGACGUGGCUCACUCACAUAGACCUCAGUACCAACAACUUCUCUGGUGUGCUUCCAGCGUCCCUCACAGCUAUCACAGCCCUCUCAAGCCUGCUUAUUAACGGCAAUUACUUCACGGGAACCUUCCCCCUGCCUGUUCUGCAGAUAAAGAGCCUUGUUCUCCUUGACUUGAGCAACAACAGUUUCUUUGGGAUCAUCCCCGACGAGUUGGCUGCCAUUGCCACUCUGGAGGACAUUAAUCUCAGUGACAACAAAUUCCGCGGGACUAUCCCUUCCGGCUUGUUUAAACUCCCCUCGCUGAACUUGCUGCAAGUGGCCAACAACUUUCUUUCUGGCGGCAUUCCAAAGACUCUCAGAGCCUCACCCUUUCUUUACACGGUUAGCCUUGAAGGGAAUGGCUUCACGGGCCACCUUCCAGACUUCUCCUUCUGGAAAGUCAGCAUCGGGUCGCUAGCUCUCAGCAACAACAACUUCACCGGGUCCAUUCCAGAUUCCAUCUCCACCCUCACCAGUCUGGAGGCUGUCGGCCUCAACAACAACCAGCUGACAGGCUCCAUCCCUGCUGCCAUCUUCAACAUGACGAAUCUAAAACAGCUCUAUCUGGCCAACAACAAUCUGAGUGGCAGUCUGCCAGCUGUCAUCAGUCAACUGGAGAAUCUUGAACAGAUCUGGCUGGACAACAACAGCAUUGAGGGCCCUCUGCCAUCCGCCAUCUGCUUGCUGCCCUUGCUGUGGCGCAUCAUGGUGAGCAACAACCACCUCUACGGGCCCUUGCCUGAGUGCCUCUUCAACAAGUGUGUCAAACAAAUUGAUGUGAGCAACAACAGCCUGUAUGGGCGCAUCAACCACAACUUCAAGAACAUGGCGGCGGAGAACGUCCUCAUCAACUUGGCUCACAACUACUUCUACGGCGAUGCCGUGCUCUUUGCUGCGGGCUACCAGGUCUGCCCCAUGGAGAUCACCGAGCCGAACAGCCUGGACCUGGGAAACAUGUUUGACUCGUUUGCAGGGACGUGCAGCAAUAGCUCGGUGGCAGGGGCGAGAGUGAGUCUGUUGGGCAACUGCCUGACCCUCAGCCCGGAUGCGAACUGUGUGUCCAACGCCACCCAGCGCAGUGCGGCAGCCUGCCAUGCGUUCUGCAGCAUCACUGAGAAUGGCCCAUGUGACGGCCAUGGGGCGUGUGUGCCGUCUGCACCUACCUCCACGUCCAACUUCACGUGCCAGUGUGACGGCGGGUACUCUGCCAUCGACUUCGGCAACGGCUCCACAUGUGCCACUGAAUCAAACACCACCAGCCCCAACAGCAGCGAGUCUUCUUCACCAGCAGCAGCAUCUGGAGGAGGAGGUGUAUCGGUGGGGGUCAUCAUCGGCAUUGCUGUUGCUGCUGUGGUAAUUCUCCUUCUUUUGGUUGCUGUACUGCUCUACUUCAGGCACAAGAAGCAGCAGAAGCCAAAAGGCCUCACUACUACCAGCCUAGCAGCCUCCCACUGCACCGAGUUCUCUCUGGCUGAAGUCCUCAAGGCCACCAAUAGUUGGUCCAACGAGAAUCAGCUUGGCUCGGGUGCCUUUGGUGAUGUCUACAAGGGCGUGUCUCCCCGCGAUGGCACCACAGUGUGGGCUGUGAAGCGAGCCAGAUGGAUGAAUGCUGACUUCCAAAAGGAGGUCCAAAACAUGGCCGACAAGAACCAUCCCAACAUUGUGCGCCUGCUCGGGUUUGCCGUUGGAGGGGACAUGCAGACACGGCCAGAGCAAGUCCUCAUCUACGAGUUUGUGUCCAACGGCGACCUUGAGAAGUGGAUGGAUCCAAAGGCAUCCGGCCCUCUCAGCCUGAAGCAGCGGCUGGACAUCCUCAUUGGUGUUGCACGUGGCUUUGAGUACCUCCACAGCUUUGACAUUGUGCAUCGCGACAUCAAACCCGCCAACAUCCUCAUUGGAGAUGACAUGCAGGCCAAGGUUGCUGACUUUGGGCUAGUGCGGGUGGGAGAGGGCACCACAGUGGGCACUACUCGAAUCAUGGGAACGCCAGGUUAUGUGGAUCCAGUUUAUACCAAGACGUAUAAGGCAACCACUACCAGCGAUGUCUACAGCUUCGGUGUGCUCAUGCUUGUGGUUCUCACUAGACGCCCUGCACUUUUGUAUUCUGAUGGCGAAGGCAGGACACUUCUAUCAUGGGUGGAGGAGUGUCUGACAUCCGGCACCACAGCGAAACUCAAGGACCCUGACAUGGACGCCCCUGACGAUGCCGUGGUUCGCGUGGCUCAGCUAGCAGUCAGCUGCACCGUGGAGCGCACUGCAAGCCGCCCAAACAUGGCUCACAUUGCAAAUCAUCUGCAGGCCGUAAGGGAGGAGGUGGCUGGGAAAGACAAGCUCAGCGCUGCCAUUAAGGUGGAUGCCCAGGUGCAAAAGAUGAAGGAUGCUUCUGCUGGUGUAGGAAGUUUGGAGGCGGAGCUCCAGUUGAUAAGGGAGAGCUAUGCCAAAAACCCAGCCUAAAUUCGUGAGGAAAUGGUCACAGUCGCGGGCUCUGAUUGGUUCGCAUUCCAACAUUCCAGGAGACAUGUGCUAGCGGAACCCCUGCCAGGCGUUUUUGCAUUCGUAUAAAAGAUAUGUGUGUAUGUUUAGUAGACUAUAAAGGGUCAUGCUGUAGAGAGUACAA